CGGAUGUGGACCCUUCUACAUUAGAACUUUACUUUAGAGUUUUUUACUAGACUAUUCCUUUAUACUCUUUGGUCUAAAAUGUUUGCGGUACAUUUAGUGUCGUUCUGGUUCACAAAACUAAAAGAAGAUCAGAUAAAGAAGGUUGAUCGAUUCUUGUACCAUAUGCGUCUGUCAGAUGAAACUCUGAUGAAUAUUAUGGCACGUUUCCAAGCAGAGAUGGAUAAAGGCCUGAAGAAAGAUACCAACUCAACCGCUUCAGUCAAGAUGUUACCAACAUAUGUCAGGUCAACUCCUGAUGGAUCUGAAAAGGGGGACUUUCUUGCCCUCGAUCUCGGUGGUUCAAAAUUCAAAGUUCUUAGGGUGAAAGUAUCUGAAGAUGGAACACAGAAUGUUCAGAUGGACAGUCAGUUUUAUCCAACCCCCAGUGAAAUAAUAAAUGGAAGCAAAGCUGAACUCUUUGAUUAUGUUGCGAACUGUCUGGGUGAUUUCAUGAAGAAAAGACAGAUAACAGAAAAGCUUCCACUCGGUUUCACCUUCUCAUUUCCUUGCAAGCAGACCCGACUUGAUGAGGGCGUCUUGAUAUCAUGGACAAAAGACUAUAAAGUAAGAGGAGUUCACCAAACUGAUGUAGUAAAUACACUGAGGAAAACGCUGAAGAAGAAAAAGUACACCAAUGUGGAUGUCCUGGCUUUGGUGAAUGACACAGUAGGCACCAUGAUGACCUGUGGAUAUGAUGACCAGUUGUGCGAAGUUGGCGUCAUUGUAGGGAGCGGUACAAAUGCCUGUUACAUGGAGAAUCUGAGUAACAUUGACCUGGUGGAAGGGGAUGAAGGGCGGAUGUGCAUUAAUACAGAGUGGGGAGCUUUUGGAGAUGACGGUGCCUUAGAUGACAUCAGAACAGGUUUUGAUAAUGAAAUAGAUUUAGGAUCAGUGAACCCUGGCAAGCAAUUAUUUGAGAAGAUGAUCAGUGGCUUGUACAUGGGAGAACUCGUCCGACUCAUUCUGUUAAAGAUGGCAAAGAAAGGUCUUCUGUUCGGUGGCAAGGUCUCUAAUGCUCUCCGUACCAAGGGAAAGAUAGAAACAAGUCAAGUGGCCUCCAUGGAAAAAUAUAAUGAAGGGCUAUAUAACACUAGACAAAUAUUACUUGACCUUGGGAUGGAACCGUCAGAAGAUGACUGCAUUGCUGUCCAGCAUGUCGCCACUAUAGUAUCAUUCCGAUCGGCCAACUUGUGUGCAGCUGCCCUGGCUGCCAUCCUGACACGACUUCGUGAAAACAAGAAGUUGGAUAGGAUGAGGAUAACUGUUGGAAUGGAUGGCACAGUUUAUAGAACACAUCCCCAGUAUGCUAAACGACUACACAAGGUUGUAAGGAGACUGGUUCCUAAUUGUGAUGUGCGAUUCCUUCUCUCAGAAAGCGGCAGUGGUAAAGGAGCGGCUAUGGUAACAGCCGUGGCUUGUAGGUUGUUCUCCCAACACAAGCAGAUUGAUGAGGUUCUAGAUCUGCUUCAUAUUUCAGAUGAGAAACUUGCAGAUAUUAAAUUAAGGAUGAUCACAGAGUUAAAAUAUGGACUUAAGAAAGAAACUCAUGACUCCGCAACUGUGAAAAUGUUACCAACUUAUGUUUAUGGAACACCAGAUGGGACAGAGCAUGGAAAAUUUCUAGCUCUGGACUUAGGAGGAACAAAUUUUCGGGUUUUGCUAGUCAAAAUCAGGAGUGGGAGAAGACGUUAUGUAAGGAUGUACAACAAGAUCUUUGCUAUCCCACUAGAAAUAAUGCAAGGCACUGGGGAAGAGCUGUUUGACCACAUUGUGGAAUGUAUCGCAGAAUUCCUAGACUACAUGGGAAUUAAAGGUGCCCCACUGCCCCUGGGAUUUACAUUUUCCUUCCCAUGUAAACAAGAUCGUAUUGACAAGGGGACAUUAGUUGGAUGGACAAAAGGUUUCAAAGCCACUGACUGUGAAGGACAGGAUGUAGUAGACAUGUUGAGAGAAGCCAUUAAGAGAAGGAAUGAAUUUGACUUAGACAUUGUGGCUAUUGUCAAUGACACUGUGGGAACCAUGAUGACCUGUGGAUAUGAAGAUCCAGACUGUGAGAUUGGGCUCAUUGCAGGUACUGGGAGCAAUGUGUGUUAUAUGGAAGAAAUGAAGAACAUUGAAUUCAUAGAUGGAGAUGAAGAGAAAAUGUGUAUUAACACAGAAUGGGGAGGAUUUGGGGAUAAUGACUGUUUAUCCGACAUUCAGACACAAUAUGAUAUACGUGUUGAUGAAAAAUCAUUAAAUUCUGGCAAACAAAGAUAUGAGAAGAUGACCAGUGGAAUGUACCUUGGAGAAAUUGUGAGACAGAUACUGAUUGACCUAACCAAACGUGGCCUCUUAUUCCGAGGACAGAUUUCUGAACGGUUGAGGACAAAAGGAAUAUUUGAAACAAAAUUUAUCUCUCAAAUAGAAAGUGAUCGUCUAGCUCUCCUCCAGGUCCGGAAGAUCCUUCAACAGCUUGGUUUAGAUAGUACAUGUGAUGAUAGUAUUAUAGUGAAAGAAGUUUGUGGUGCAGUGUCAACAAGAGCAGCAAAGUUAUGUGGAGCUGGCUUGGCUGCCGUUGUGGAUAAAAUCCGAGAAAACCGUGGUCUGGACUAUCUUAAAACUACAGUCGGUGUUGAUGGGACUUUGUACAAGUUACACCCUCAUUUCUCUAGAAUCCUACAAGAAACCGUGAAGAAGUUGUCACCACAAUGUGAUGUGACAUUUAUCCUAUCUGAAGAUGGCAGUGGGAAGGGAGCAGCUCUAAUCACUGCAGUGGCCAAACGUUUCCACAGUCAAGAGGAACCAGGCAAGAAUUAAAAACAGGUUACCAAAAGAGAAGGCAAAGAGUUACAAUAAUAACUAUUGAGGUUCUGCAGGUGCUCUGAAGUUUAGUGUGAACUGUUAGGACAUUGUAAAGGAUAAUAAUGAAAAAUAUAUGAACACUGUUCCACUUUUUUAUUGUUCAUUUGCUUUCUAUUUGCUAAAUUUUCAAUAAAAAUUACCUACCAUUUUGAUGCUGUAUAGUCUGUGUAACGCCCUCACAUACUGGCCCUGCUGCUUUCUGACACAGAUCAACUAUUCCUGGCUGUGUUAUCUCUCUCUGCUUGUCUGCUCCCUUCUCUUAGUGUUCAAGGUACCACCAGGGAGGAGGUAGAAGAUAUAUCAUAGCAGAUCAGUGUGUGGAUUGGGAGGAAGCAUCUAAGUUUUCAAAGGCAUAGACUGUCUUGUAUCAG